GUGAUUCAUGGGGGUCCUAACUUUUUAUUUAUACCUUUACCUGCUUUCCUCCAACAUAGGAAUUGGUAUCAUUUGAGAUAAACGUAUUUAGUUGUUUCUCUGCUGAAUUCUUGCAGCUAAGUCCUCAGAAGUAUCGUCCGAGUUUAGACCAUGUACCAGUGUCAGAAACAUUUAUCAGAACAACACAGUCGUGAGAUCAAGGCUUAUGACAAGAGUCGGGACAUCCCUCUACAAGUCGGAAUAGUCAUCGGGGUGCUUUCUGUGGCCACAUCUGCUGCAAGUAUUCUCUCCAGUUUCUCAGUGUUUUCUCUGGAGGCCUACAGGUCUGAUGUGGACUCUCAGUGGAUGGCGUUAGUACCAUUUGUUUUUCCAGCUGUAAGCGGUAUCGCUACGGCAUACAGACGACAGCUCUCUAAUCUAGGUGUACACAUCUGUCUGAUACUGGCUACCACACUUGUGGGCAGUGUUGGGUAUGGCUUCUCCAUUGACCCAGUGUACACUAAGAUGGACAACUGCACAGAGUUUAUGAGAGAAGGUUACCAUGGCAACGACUGUAGGAGGGAGUCAAUGGUGAUGAUCUACAUAGUGAUAGGUGGAGUGACCAUCGCAAUGAAUAUAUGCGGGCUGAUUGCGUCUUUCGUCGCCUGCCAUGUAGCUUUGCGACGCCGCGCCCAGAGAAGACAAGAGAGUGAGCUAACAUCACCAGGAGGCGACAACAUUGUUAAACAAAGUCCUGUCUACAAGGGCGACAGACGCGAUACACCCGAGGAUCUAAGCAAGAAGAAAGAUGACGCCAUUGUCCUCUUGCGUUCCCAAGUCAUCUAGAUCUAGAAAUCUAAUAGCUUGGCAGCAUUUUCGCAGAGAACCGUCAAGGAUGGUUCGCAGGCGUUUUGUUCUAGCGUGGUGUGUUUAGUGAAUUCAAGAUGUCCUAACAGCGCCAUAGACGUUAACAAAUCUACAUUGUAUAUUUAUAUGUUCAUAAAAUGAAGUUUGAAAUAAAGAUGUGUAUUAAAUUAUAUGUCCAUGGUAUAUAUUGUAAGUAUUACUAAAAACAUCUAGUUGAUUAGGGAAUGGGGGAAAGGGAAAUAAGUCUCUUUCAUCAUGUCCUUGUAACAACAGGAUGUUAGCCCUUGGAAUAUAUAUAUGUAUGCAAGAAGUUUUUUUUUUUCAAUCUUAAUAUUCAAACAUGAUCCAGAAUAAAAUACAAAAAUAUUUUAAUUUACUGAAAAAAUCUAUACAAUGGGAAGCGUGUAUACAAAGUUUUUUUUUGUUUUUUUUUUUGGAAAGCUUAUUGCAACCGUUAACUAUAUAAUCUAUGUCUAGACUGAAAACACAGCUAAAUUCUGUGUCCAAAUAAAUUGAGAUAUAUGAAUGUAAAUGUGGAGUUCUUCUCAUUAGCUUACCUUUUUUUAAAAAGUAUUUCUUAGAUUUUGCUUGUUUCUCUGUUUGAUUGCUUUCCUUGGUUGGCUGAGAUCAUUGACCGUUGUUUUUCCCAGUGCCUCUUCUCACCACAAAGUGAGGUCUAGAGUUAUGUCUUCCCAAUCUCUUUUAUCAUUACCCACCGCUUUAAGAUCACGUUUCAUUACUUCUACCUAGCGGAGGUAAUGGGUUGUGUUGGCAGAGUGCUAAAACACUUGGCUUCCAAGACGAGCGGUCUCGGGUUCGAAUCUAGCGAAAAACUGGCACUUUUAUGAAUAUCGGGACAUUUAGGGCGCCCUUGAUUCCACUCAACUCUAAUAAAUACUCGACUAAUCUU